AUGCACGGAAAUCCGUGCAGAAUUUUGGGUAUCCGAUCACUAGAGGACGUUAUUUAUGGGGUUGAUGAACACGGUAGAUUGUUCAAAUUCCAAAACGCCAAGUUUACAUGGUUGCUGGACGAGAAUCACGCGGUUUUGAGGGAUCUUAAACCAGGGUUUUUUAACGAUCUGGUGGUUGUAAAGAAGAUGAUAUACAUUACAGAUUCCUUUACAUACCACCCAACAUUCCACCCUCUACAGAGAUUCUUUUCAUUUGAAAAUUCAGGACGAAUUUUGGGGUACAACCUUGAAAACGGGGAGUUGAAGGUUGUAGCUGAUGGCUUGUAUCUACCAAAUGGUAUCGAGUUGUACCACGACAAUCGUUCUCUGCUAGUUUCUGAGUGCUCCAUGUUCCGGGUUGUAAGGUUUGACAUCGAAUCAAAAACAAUAUCACCGUUUAUUGAAAACACUUUUGGUGCUGUUGACAACAUUCGUCGAUCAAACGACGGAGGAUAUUGGAUUGGGUUGUCAGCUACCAGAUUUACUUCGUCAUCAUUGCUCGACUUUCUCGGGAGAUAUCCAGCCCUUCGGCACAUAUUGACCAACAAGGCGCUGCUCCCUCUGCUCCUUCUACACGACACUGUAUAUGGUACAGGUCCCGCCCUUUACAAGGUCGACUCUAAAGGCGCUACUCUUCAUCUGCUGACAGACCCUCACAAACUGACAAAGACAAUCUCAUUCAGCGAGAUUCAUGAGAUUGGAGAACAAAUCUUUGUUGGGACUCCCUUUUCUCCGCACAUUUUUGUGUUUCUUAAUUUGAAGUGAUGAAAUACUCUCGACAAACAUUUGGGGUUUUAAAUUUUAGUGCUAUUACUACUAGUACUAUAAUAUUCUUUUAAUAUUACUUACUAUAUACUAAUUUCACAUUAAUUGUCAGAAGUUUACAAAUCAACAUACCUUAUCGGCCUUAAUCUAGCCAACCAAGAAGCUUGCCCGGCCAUACACAAAAGCUUAAAAUUUGGAAUAAGUUAGUAUCAAGUAUUAAAUAAAUGUAUACAUUUAUGAUUUUCAUUUAUGGGUUUAGAAUUAGAGGCAUUAAGUUUAAAGUUUAAAUUAACUUAAUAAAACGACAGUUUUUGAUUCAAGAUAUCUAUCAUAUAAUAUACAAAAUAUAUAUAUUUUCAAAUUCUU